AUCAUCGAGGCGAGCUGGUGUCACGCAGGAAAGCAUAAUAGGAGUCGCCGACCAAACCGAAAGCCCACAAGUCGGACGGUCAGGUGGAAGGGCCACGUCUGAUGUGAAAGCUCAUUCAUCAAGGGAUCUUAAGUCCUGCUUGAAGGCUUCACAACAGCCUAGGACAUCUGGUGUCAGGACACGUUUCCCUUCGCCCCCCGACCCACCCACCCCAAUGCCUGCUAACUUUCUGGACAAGUUUGUUUUUCUCCGCCUAAACCGCUCGUUAGAAACAUACAAUUAACUCUUUACACCAGCAUUUUGAUUUUGGUGCGUUCUCGUCGAACAGCUUUGCUUUAUUUGGCGAUCAAGGACUGUGGUACUCGAGAAGAUCGACGUUGUUCCUGCGAGUAUCAGCCUUCAUUCAGCAGGAGUAAAGAACAAAGACAUUAGUGUCAACAAGAAGAAGCGUUGGAUGGUAUUUCCACUUCAAGACUCAUUAUAAUUUAUCUCACCUAGGAAACUACAGACCUCCACAUCCGAACAGAAUUCAGCGUCCCUUUGAUCUCCUUCAACAUUACAUUUAUGGAAUCGUAACUCAGUCCGCUACAGUUCAGGAGCAGACACCUCGUCCAGACUCUCUCGAGGCAAUAAUUCGUCUGGAAGAGUUCUUGUGUUAACUUUUAUACAUGUUAUGUAUUCAUUACUUUCUUUUAGUUUUAAAAGUUUGUUUAUGAAGUUGGGAAAAAAAUAAAUAUGUACGGAGACAAAUAGCUGAGUUGGCUACAACAACUGGCGCUGGAGUUGAGUUACUAUUGUUCUGUUCUUGAAGAGGAGCGAGUCCUUUGUUCAGCAGCGAGAUGAGUAUGAACCUCUCAGCACCUGCGCUCCCACUGCGACUGAAGAGAGUAGACUGUGAAGACUCCCACAACACCCAUGCACUGAAAUGCAAGCGCCGUAGGCUGAGCCAGCCCCCCUCCCCUGGUCUAGCCCCUUGCCUUCGCCCUCAAAAUCACAGCACAGGGCACACAGGCCCAGAGAAGCGCUGUCUCUCUUCCAUUGGGCCCUAUAUUCUACUGGAGGCCGCAGAGGGCACUCAGACAUAUCGAGCUGUCCAUCGCAUUACUGAGCAGGAGCAUUCCUGUAAGGUAUUUUCAAUGAGGAAGUACCAUGAGCUCAUUGCUCCAUACACCCGUCUGCUGCCCCAUGAUAACAUCUGUAAGAUAUCAGAGAUAAUCAUGGGGGAGCAGAAUGUAUACAUCUUCUUCGAGUGCAACUAUGGUGACAUGCACUCAUAUGUGCGCACCUGUAAGAGGCUCCAAGAGGAUGAAGCUGUGCGUCUCUUCAGGCAGAUGGCGUCAGCAGUCAUGCACUGUCAUGAAAACGGCGUUGUACUGAGAGACCUCAAGUUACGCAAGUUUGUCUUUACUGAUGCACAAAGAACAAAGCUGGUUUUGCAGAACCUAGAGGACUCCUGUCUCCUGAAUGGAGAUGACGACUCUCUCACAGACAAACAUGGCUGCCCAGCCUAUGUGGGACCGGAGAUCUUGAACUCACGGCAUUCAUACUCUGGAAAGGCAGCAGACAUUUGGAGCCUGGGAGUGGUGCUCUACACCAUGUUGGUGGGUCGCUACCCCUUUCAAGAUGUGGAGCCUGCUGCCUUGUUCAGUAAAAUCCGCAGGGGUGCCUUCACAAUCCCAGAGACUCUGUCACCCAGAGCCAAGUCUCUUGUGUGCUGCAUGCUCAGAAAGUCACCCAUGGAGAGGUUGGAGGCCGCAGACAUUUUGCUGCACCCAUGGCUCCACUGUAGCACCAAUGCCUUUGUCAGCCAGUACCCUAACUCUAGGCACUCAACUGACCAAGUGGUGCCAGACUUUGAGAAAAGAGAUGAAGGAGAAUGUUACUGAAGCUGGUGAAGCACCAGUAUGAACAUUCAUCUGCUUGUGUCUGCUUGCACUAUCGGGGAUCUCAGACUGUUUUCAAUGGUUGAAUACAGGGGAAGGCUAAGCAGAUUCAAGAUUCCAAGACAAAGUGAUUUCGAUUACUGUUUGUAAGUCAAUCUUCUCACCUUUGUAGUCUGCAAAUAGAUCUAAGAACACUGGUUUGAUUGGUUUAUUUAAACGUCUGAGAAAUACCUAUGGUGAUGCCUGCUGUUUUAAGAGAAAAUAAAAAGGGCUAAAAAAGGUUGAAAUGCUUAGGAGUAGAUAUUCAAAGCACAGCUGGACCCACCGCUCCUUCAAACAUGCAGUUCAGCAGUGUUGAGAUAUUCAUGUAUAUAUUUCAUACAGUGUACAUUUAAGUUGUUGAAAGACUGAAUCACCGGAUACCUCUGACUUGAAUCCUGGAAUACUUGAUGCACAGUAUGUGCCUUUUAGUAUGUACUGUUUACAUAAUUUUCAGUGGGAAACACAGUAAAUAAUUUAAAGUGCCUUUUCACUAUGAAAACAAGUUUAUAAAUAGUAGUAGUUGUUUUUUUUUUGAGUAAUUACCAAAGAUUUAAGUUUCAUCACCAAACCUCAUUUAAUGUGUGAAUAUCUGAUAGGUUAGCUAAAGUACUCACUUUUGCUUUCUUGUAUAUGAAGGGUUAAAAAAUAGUUGGCAUUUCACAACACUUAGAGACAUGACUGUAGUCUUGUGACCCAAUAUGGUCUUGAUCCACUCAUGACAUGGUAGAACAGGAAGGAUAAAUACAGUACCAUGUUCAUAUGUAGACUAGGAGCUAUAUAAAUUCAUGCUACACUUCUGUAUAACCCUUUAGGAUAAAGAUUCCCUUAGUGCCAGGUUCUUAAAAAUGUUCUGAGGAACCCCUGUUGUCAUUCUUGUCAUGGUGUCUUGGUUCAUAGGUAAAAACAUGACCUAAGGCUUAAGUACUGUCUGAUAUGUGUAUGUGCUGUGGGUGGACAUAGAUCCUGAGGAAUACAGACUGUUAGUUCACGUACACCACAGCACGUUUGCAUUUAAUAGUAAUGUGGUGUGUGGCAUGUGUGACACAUUUGAGAAAAAGAAAGGCAUCACAGUUGUCAGUAAUGAUGCCUGCAUACCAUGCUUUGACUGUCAUCUGUUUGUCAAACUAUUUUGUGAAUUUGUAAAUAUCUUUUUUUUUUUUUUGUAACUAUGGCAACAAAAGGACACUACAUUUUGUUCAGUUGAAGGGGUUGUUGUACUUAUUUUUUAAGUAUUUGUUGCCAGUACAAAUAAACAAAUGCACAAAAGAA